GUAAUUUUAGUUAUCCCGUAUCAUAUAAUGUGAUAAAUUUUUUUAAUCAUAUCAUGAAUAAGCACUCUUAUGUUAAACUGGAAACUUAUUCACGAUUUAAUAUGGCAUUUAUUGAAAAUGUUGAAGUAGAUGAUGCUGAAAUUUAA